AUGGAAACUGCCAGCAGCCUUGUCGAUGAGAGGACGGGCUCCCUCAUUGAGAUUGACCCUGUCAAGGAGGCAGCCGCCCGCAGGAAAUUCGAUCUCUACGUGCUGCCUGUCUCGGUCAUCUUCCUGGUCUUGUCCAGUAUUGAUCGGAACAAUCUGGGGAAUGCGCGGGUGUUUGGCUUCGAUGAAGACAUCGGCCUCAAGGACGGUCAGUUUGGAAACAUCAACACGCUGUCCAGCGUCUGCACCAUCCUCUUCGAGCUGCCCUGGGUGCUGGCCGUCCAGCGCUUCGGGGCCAACAAGGCCAUCGGCACCUCGUUUGCCCUCUGGAGCGCCAGCACGUUAGGCACGGCCUUUAUCAAAAACUACCCCCAGGCCAUUGUGUGCCGCAUGAUCCUCAACGCCGCCGAAGCCGGUCUUGCCCAGGGCUUCGCCUAUCUGUUUUCCACCAUCUACCCCCGGGAGCUGGCGGGCAAGCGCAUCAUGACAACCAACCUCGCCCAGUGCAUCUCGGGCGCCUUUGGCGGCCUGUUUGCCUACGCCGUGCAGGAAAUGGGCGCCCGAGAUGGCCUCGAGGCCUGGCGGUGGCUGUUCAUCAUCGAGUUCCUGAUCACGGUGUUUGUCGGCGGCCUCGGCUGGAUCUUCCUCCCCAAGUCGGCCGAGUCGGCCUGGUUUCUCAAUGCAGAAGAGAAGGAGACAAUGCGACUGAAGAAGCUGCGGGACACGGCCCUCAGAGGAGACGACAAGCUGGAUCGCAAAUGGAUCCGGAUUGCCUUGACGGACCCCUUUGUCUGGCUCCUCGGCACGGCCUUUUUUACCUCCUCGGUUGCCAUCAACGGAUUUGGCGUCUUCUGCCCGACCAUCAUCGAGGGCCUGGGAUAUGCGUCCCUCCAAGUGAAUUACAUGACCAUCCCCAUCUAUGUCGUCGGUGCCGUCUCGCUCGUCAUCCAGGUCUACUUCUCCGACAGGCUCAAGCAGCGCGCGGCUUUCAUUGUUGGAUGCUGUGUUCCAGUGGCAGUCGGCUAUCUCAUCUGCGUUGGAAGUGCCAAUGCCCAUGCUGGCUAUGCGGGCAUGUUUGUCCUUGUCUUGGGACUCUAUCCAAUCUCCACCUUGGCAGUAACCUGGAUAUCAACCAAUCUGUCGCCAGACAGCAAGCGUGCAAUCGGUAUGCCCCUGGCCUAUUCGAUCGGAAACAUCUCUGCAGUGGUUUCAUCACAGCUAUACCCGACCCAGCAAGGGCCACGUUAUAUACAGGGAAAUGCCAUCUCAGCCGGUCUGACGGUUGUUGCCGGCUUCCUUUACGCUUCCUGCUGGCUGAUGCUCAAACGCAGAAACGCUCGCAAGACAAAUCUCAUUGCUCAAGGAGCCACGACUAAUGGGUUGGAAGGAGACAUGAGUCUCGAUACCAUGUAUAUUCUUUGA